UUCUUGUGCUGUACUGAUUCCACUUCGUUUCUAUAAUUUUAGCACAAUUCGAUUUAAGCACGGUCGAAAGUUUACUUUCUAUAGACAAUAUUUUGUGAAUUUUUGUAUUCACAAUGGACAAAAAUGCUGAUAUAAUCAAAUUGGAUAGUGAUAAUGAAGAUUUGGAUGACCGUGUUCGUGAUACCACCACAGUUGAUUUAACUUCGGACACUAGUAUGAAUGAAACUCCUGAGAAAAAAUUGCCGGUGGCUGUCCCGCUAAAAGAGUCAAUUGACUGCGUUGAAUUCGAAGAAGGUGAGGUGGAGGAAGCACAGGAAGCUGCGGAAAUAUGUGAACCAACAAGUAGUAAACAAACAUUGGCUUUUGAAAUAAAGUUUUCAAAUGAAAGCAUUUUCAAGGAAUAUGGACAUAAAAUAUUGGACUCGCUUGAUAAGGCACUAAAUAUGUAUGUGGAUAAUCCAAUUUUUGCAUUUAAAAUUUCGAAUUCUGAAAAUACUACAGUUAGUAGUAUAAACGCUUAUAUAGCAAAAGAUUCAGCUGCCAACCACUCUGAUAUGGAAUUAAGUGAUUGUGAAGAGGCGGUGAGCAUAACUGAAGUAGCACCUGAGCGCCAUUUGUCAGAAAAUGAAGAUGAAUCGCCGGAUUUAGACUUGGCCUCGUUAUUUACAAUUGAUACCUCUGGCUCGAAAAAACUUGACACCCAAUGUGUACCUUCAUAUAAACGUAGUAUUAAAGAUGUUUUGAAUGAAGAAUCUUCAGCGCGUAAACGACAAAAGUUAGAAGAGGAAAACGAGUGCCAAAGGGUGCGAACAACAGUGGCUUGUUUCAAUUGUGGAGUAAAUGGGCACUCACUACGUGAAUGUCCUAAACCACGAAAUAACGCGCGUAUAAAUCGUGCAAAAUUAGCACGUAAACAAGAGAGAUAUCACAUUGACAUUGAACAAAGAUUUGGGCAUUUAAGGCCGGGUAAGAUAAGUGACAAGCUGCAGACAGCACUUGGUUUAAAGCGCGGAGAACUGCCAUUCUUUUUCUACCGUAUGAGAAAGCUUGGUUAUCCACCAGGCUGGCUGGAGGAGGCAAAAGUGGUGCAUUCUGGCAUAUCUCUAAUCAAUUCAGAUGGAAACGCAGUGAUGGCAUCGGAAGACGAAAAUUCACAAGAAAGCGAUGAGAUUAAAUAUGAUAUAUCGAAAAUUGUAGACUUCCCAGGAUUCAAUGUUGAUCCUGGUCCGAAUUUCUAUGAUGACUAUAAGCACCAUAAUGUGCCGCCUUUGUCUCGCCAUCAACGAAAAGAAGAGUUCAUCAAGAAAUUGGGAAGCAACGUUGUAAAGGGUUAUAAACAUAAAAGACUUAAGAGUCUACCACAAACAACUAAUGUGGCUGAGAUUAAAACUAGCAUAUUGGACAAUGCCGAUAUGGAUAUUGAAGACGACGUUGCGGUUGAUGAAAAUGUGGUGUUUACUCGCCCUCCUCCACCACCGGAACCCGCAAACGACAUUAAACCACCACCACCACCAACAUCGCCAGACGAUGCAACUACCUCAGCAACGAAUGAAGAAAGCUCAUCUGUUGCAAAUGAACGUACUUGUUCGCCCACGUUAGACUAUUUGGAGGAACGCAAACAAAAGUUACUUGCCGAAUUAAAGUCUGGUCUGUGUGAUAUUGACAGUUUGUCUUCAAGUAGUGCGACUGAAGAAUCACUCGCACUGGAAACGAGCAAUAAUGAGACGAAAGCCAGCCAAAUAUCCAAACCAACAAAUACGAACGAAAUACACACGGUUGAACCAACGCCUACGUUGGAUAUUAUUAAGGAAUCACACAUGGGUACACCAGUGUUGCAUUUUUCACCAUACGAAAAACUACCAGCUGGUGACAAUUUCAAAGUGGGUGUUAGUGAUGUUAUUAAUUUUGAAAAUCUGCCGGAUUCAACGGGCAAGUAUGAGCAAAUGAAGGAGGUUAUUAAGAAAGUACGAAAUAUCGUUACUAAAUUGCAUAACGACGAUGACGACUGAUGAAGAGCGAAUAUGAAUAUACUGCAUGUUUAAGUAUUAGAUUCGUUUUGAAAUUGCAUUUUGUAAAAUUUCUGAAUGGUUGUGCGAACGUAUGCUUGUGGUUAAUUUUAACUGUUAAAUACAUAAUAAUUUUAAAAUAAAAUGAUUACAUUAUUUACUAAGAUUUAAAAGCCCGCGAUGUUCCUGCAAAGGAAUUUCGUUACUUAAUUUUAGCAACAAAAAAUUAUGGUAGAAUAUAAUGAGUGUAAUUAUGAAUUUAAAUAAAUCUUUGUAACGCUGAAAACAAUUUACUCAAGACAAAACUGAAAAUAAAUCAAUUUUCACAAUAUUUUUAUAAUACAAAAACAAUUGUUUCUCAAGGUACGAACAACAUUUUCUAUAUCUAUAAAAUAAGUAUAUACAUAUAUAACCAAAAUUUGAAAUUGUUUUCUUGCCAAGAAUUGCAAUAAAAAAACAUUGAGGAAAGAGCGUGAGCAAAAUUUCAGAUCGAUAUCUCAAGGGAAGCCAGCCGGGCACGGAUGUUAUAGCGACAGAAAACAUUCCUGAAGUAGUUUUA